AUGCCCCGGAUUGCGCCGUCCAUCUUCUGGCGCGCCCGCCACAUCUCGCCCUGUGCCACGCUGCUGCUGCCCGCCUGCCGCGACCUGCCGUCGUCGCUGGCAGAGCUUCGCUGGAUCCGACAGCAUGUCGCCGUGUCGAGGGCGGAUGGCGGGCAGCCACGCCGGGCAAUCGUGCAGCGUCUCUGCCGGCGACGCGGCCGCGGCGAGCCGCUGCAGUACGUGUUGGGCACGCAGCCGUUUGGGCCGCUGGACCUGCUCUGCCGUCGCGGCGUGCUGAUUCCGAGACCCGAGCCUGAGGCCUACAGCCUCUUUCUGGCCGAUUGGCUGAUGCGGCCGGAGAUUGGGCCGGUAUCGACCAUCCUGGACGUCUGCACGGGCACCGGCUGCAUCGCCCUCUUGCUGUACGAGCGACUGAGGCAGCAGCAGCAUCUGCGCGUCGUUGGCAUCGAUGUGUCUCCGGCAGCCGUAGCUCUGGCGCGGGCCAACCGCAGACGACUCGGCUUUCCAUCGGAUCGCGACGGAACUGACAGUAGCUCGGUCAGCUUCCACCGCGCCGACGUGUUCGCCGACGACUGGCUGCACCUGGCCAGCAACGCUGCGGACGGCCGGAUCGACGUGCUUGUCUGCAACCCGCCAUACGUCUCGCGAGACGGGUUCGCUCACGAGACAGCUCGUUCAGUGCGUCUCUUUGAGCCGAAGUUGGCGCAGGUGCCGUUGGCGACGGACGAGAGGGACGAGCGAGAAGACCACCAUGAGGAUAUCUUUUAUGGCCGGCUGCUGGACCUCGCCGUCCGCCUCGACCCACGCUCCGUGCUGCUCGAAGUCGGCGGCCUGGACCAGGCGCAGCGCGUGGUCGAGGCGGUCCUGGCUGGCCGAGGCGGGCCCGUGGCCGACGUGGAGAUCUGGGCAGACUGUCCGGACAUUCCAGGAACAAACGAGCGCCGCACUGUCAACGUGGUCGGCCGAUCGGUUCUAGUUCGCGGCAGCGGCCAUGGCCGGUCUGUGUUUGUGCGCAGACGAGUGUAA